AUGACGAUCAACAUUAUCUCUAAGAAGGAUGUCCCUCAUACGCAGUAUUACGAUUCUGCCUACAUGGCUGAGACACUCGAUUCGGCAUUUGAUAUCGAGCACGAUGGGUUCGACGAUGGAACCUUGUACUGGGACAUGCUCCAGGAGCUCCUCCGCGUGAAUCGGUCCCAACUGCCACACUCAUAUCGCACUAUUGUCUUGGAUGUGGGCGCGGGAUCGGGGCGCAUUUUCCGCAAAAUAGCUCAAAAGGCCACCAAAUCAGGUGAUGACCUGAGCGAUGCAACAUUUAUCGGGCUGGACAAGUCAUCAGCCAUGUUGGAACGAGCCAAAAAACGGGCCUUUGAGCUUUCAGGUGUCGGCACUGUCUCAUGGCUUGUGGGUGACGCCAAAAACCUCCUUGCUCAGCCCACUCUCCGUGAAGCCAGACGACAGGUGAGCCUUGUCCUCUGUGCUGAUGGGGGCAUUGGAUAUCUCGAUUUGGCAAAAGACAUAGACGCCUUCUUCUUGCAUGUCGCGCAGUUACUACGUCCCGGGAGUGGCAGAGCUCAUAUCUCUCUGCUAGAGUUUCAGGUAGCCGAAGCAUACGACAAUGGUACGACCCCGAGCAUUUACGAUGAAUCUAUGGAAUCUAUGGACGAAGCUAGCAAAGAUACAGCAUUGACCUUCAAAGUUGUCGUCCACCGCGAAUACGUGGAGGAUGGACAUCAUUUAGCGCAGCUCGACACUGAGAUUAUAGAGACUGAUAAGCAGGGAAAGGAGACACUUCUCGAGGUCUGCCAUUACAGUCACCGGUUUCGAAUCUGGCGCACUGAGGAAUUGAUCCAGGUCGCGAAAAAGGCGGGGUUACAACAUGUUGAGACGAUUAAAUGGCCACGAAUGCAACACUUUGUCUUCAUGGUACCUGAACUGAACUAA